AAAUUUCUUUUGUAAAAAGGUUUUAAUUAUGAAUUUAUAAAUAAAAUAAAUUCUUGCAAAGUACCGAAAUAAAUUAUUAUAUUAUCUAUGGCUGCCCAGUUGCCCAGUUUUAGUGUACGUUAUAACUAAAACGGUCGAGAUACAAUAUCUUUUUGCAUAAAUACUUCACUUUUUUGCUAAUAUAUUCGGCAUUAUUCGAUCAAUUUUUUCAAAAAUGACUAAGGUAUAAUCUGCACAUCAUGCCCGAUCAAUUGAUACCACAAACGGACCAAUCCGUCCAUUCGUUAGGUCUGUAGCCUUGGGCUAAAGAAAAUGGUCAAAUUUACACACAUUCAAUGGACAAACUCUGACUCGUGUAAUGUACUACAGUAGUGACCACCCCGCUUUUUUUUUUACUUAGCUUUGCGCCACUACCGUCGCGCUGGAAUGCUGCAUGAUAUAACUAAGUUAGUUUUAUCAUGAAAUGCUGGAUAGAGAGUGCCUAACCUAACCUAACUUAGUUAGUUAAGCAGCUGGUUCUGAAAGUAAUUUCAAUUGCCAUGUGAUAUCGCUUGUGACAUAGCCCGUAUCAUAGAACAAUAUAGAAGCGAAACUAGAUCAGCUGAUUGGGGGGUCUUGGUUACCUAUAAUCUGGAGUCUGAACCUACAAAAAACAUGAAAACGGUUCCACGCACUAACAUGAUGUGAAAUUUCUAACAUUAGACCCAUGGUUACCAAUACUAUGAAAACGGUUCCAAGACUCUGGCGGGGUAUUCUACGCGGGGUCGGCUUGUUUACCAUCCCUAUUUCACGCAUGCCGCGCCCCCUGGCGACCGUGUUCAAGGCCACAAUCCCCCGAUUCGGCCAAUUCACAGAGUUUCAUAUCCCUGCAUGUAGGGACGUAGGGUAACAUUUACAUCUUUAAUUGUGGUUAGUUUUGCGUUAAGACUUACAAUAUCUUUGGAUAGUUGAGUGAGAGGUGGACUGGAGGAUAAAAUGGAAAUAAUUAUAAGAAAUAGUUUUCUAUAGAAUGUCUGAAACUCUGAACGUAAGAUAACCUUACAUACCAUUAAAAUAAAACAUGCACGAUGGAUUACGGAUUGUAUUUUUAAUUUUUACAAACCUAGUUUUAAUUUUAAACGUUUCAGGAAGCUAUUUUAAUACUUUCGUAAGUACGGGUAUUUUCCUAAGAUUAUUAUAAAUAUUUAUUUUUUAAAUGUCCAACAGUCCUAUUGUUCUAAAUACAAGUUAUUGAAUUACCUGUUGCUUGGCAGUUGGUAUUAACAUGUUAUUGACUAUUGUACCAGCUACCAUAACUGUAUAGAACGUAAGAUUAAUUUUUUACUGGACGUCAGGACAUCACUAUGAUAUUGUUAUGCUUAUUAUAUAUUUUUGUUAUCACAAAGCAUUUUUAUUUUUAUUUUUAUUAAUUUUUUAUUGUUUGGUAUUUACUAUUUUUAUAUUUGAAGAUAAAUUGCAAUUAAAGGAUUUCUCCAUUAUCCGAACCCUGAUGAAUAAAUUAAAAUAACCAAUUGUCAUUAUUAAUCGUGCAUCAUGGGACGCAAGAAAAUUAAUUUAUGCAAGAUCACGGAUGACCGAAACCGUCACGUGACGUUUCACAAACGCAAAUUUGGUGUUAUGAAGAAAGCUUACGAGUUAAGCGUAUUAUGUGAUUGUGAAGUAGCAAUUAUUAUUUUCAAUAACAACACCCGGUUGUACCAGUAUGCUAGUACAGACAUGGACCAAAUAUUACUUAAAUAUACUGAUUAUAGCGAACCACAUGAAUCACUGACAAACACCAAUAUUAUAGCUCAAUUGAACAGGAGAGGAGGAAGAAAAGUUCCUACAAGUUCUAAAUCUGUAGAUUCAUCUGUUGUUGAUGAGAAGAAUGCAAUAAAUCAACCAAAACAAUCUAAAGUAAUGUCCACUCCUAGAAUUAAACUUAACCACAACAAUAUUUCUGAUGAAGAAUUCAGAAUACUUAUGACACAUAGAAAGAGGAUAAUGGAUGAUGAUGAUGGGGAUAAUAAAGAUGAUGAUGAUAGUAAUGGCUUUGAAUGUGAAUUUAUUCCUGACAUGCCAGACAUUCCUCACAAACUUCCAGAAGCUUUAAGAAAAAUACGAGAAAGUAACUCUAAUGAAAAUGGUAAACGAGUUACUUUCAGUAACUCAGAUAUGAGUGAUGGCGAGUUGAAAAUAGACAGUGGUACUGAUGAUGAUUUUGAAGAAAUAGAUAACAGUUUACAUAAUAAUAUCAAAAGCUAUAUUUCUCCAACUACCUCACAACAACAAACUCUGCCUAAUAACCCAACAACUGUUGAUGAAAUUCAAGUCGAAAAAAAUGAUGAUGACGUUGGUGUAGAAUCAAUAGAAGAUGACAUAAAAGUUCCUGAGGAAGUGAAGAGCUCUAAAAGUCCAGAAGCUACAAAACCACAAUUAAUGAAAAAUGUUCGGAAACUACAAGUCCUGUCAAAUAUUCACUCAAGCUUAAAUCAAAUUAAAUCUCCGAAAAAUCAAUCGUUGAAUGUACGGCACAGCCCUUAUAAUAUUCUACAAACCUCUCAAAAAAUGGUAAAAAUACCACCUCAAAAAUCCAUGGAAAUUGAAAGUAACAUAAUAUACUAUAGACAUUCGCAAAUGCAGCAACAAAGAGUUUAUGCAGGAUUUAAACAACGUGUACAGGUCAAAAAAUAUUUGAUGUCUCCUGAAAUUAAUAUCAAUAGUGCAAAAUUGUCAUACAAAUGAUUCUUAAAAUUGAGUACAUUUGAAAAUUGAAACAUUCCAAAUGUUUUUACUUUUAUUUUAUAAUUUUUUUUUUAAGAUUACUUUUGUAACAAUUAUUGGUAUUCGUUUAUAUUUAAUUAUAUAUACUUUUCAUACAAUACAAUUUUAGAAUGUAGCAAUUUGAAUCCUUUGUUCAAACUUCUUAUUUAUAAAAAUGUUAUCAUUUUAGUUUUUUAAUAUUAGCUAUUACAAUUGAUCAUAAAAUAUUAUUGGGUUAAAAUGCUAUACAUGCCAAAUGUUUUUGUUUGGUCUAGAUAUUAUGUGUUAAUGAAUAGUUUUAAGGACAUAUAUGUACCACUCUUGAAAACAAAAUUAUCAGUUGUAUGUAUUAUUAAAUUUUAAACUGGUUUUUAGCUUUUGUUCUCCAAUUAAUUUGUCGUUUUAUGUAUUAAAAUGUAUAUUAUCUUAGUAUUAUUAAUUAUUAUCAUUUAAAUAUAUUUAGUUAAAUGUCUGGUUAAUUAAAUGUAACUUAUUUCUAUAA